UGUUAGUCUAAUUUACUUUUAUCCAUCGACAGGACGAGUCUCGAGUUUACAAGAUUCUCUUGCAAGAGAUAGUUCAGAGAGAAGAUUUAAGCACUCCAGUUUAUAAAACUAUAAAACGUGGUGAACCCCACAAGCCUAUUUUCUUUACUAGUGUGGAGCUGGAUGGAGAAAUUUUCCAUGGGAAAGCAGCAAAAUCCAAGAAACAAGCAGAGUUGGAUGCUGCAAGGGCUGCCUAUGUCGCUCUUAAGGAACGUGGAUCAAUUCAGAAUGUCAACUUCACUUCCUCUAGUUUAGGAGCACAUACUCCCAAAUCAACUUGGAGCUCUGGUGUGGCCUAUGACUUGGUACAGAGUCUCAAACACCAAUGCAUUUUGGUUCCACAUCAACCUCAGACUUAUGUUGAAGCUAAAGAGAAGUUUGAUACAUUAGCAGAUUCAGCAGAAACCAUUGUAAGCACAAUGGAAGUGGACAACUCAUACCCUGCAAUAACAUUUCAUAUGGAAAAACUGAAUGAAGCUGAGAAAGUCUCUGCUGUUUCUUCUCCUUCAGUAACAAACUCGAUGAGCAGUGAUGUGAAGAGUUACUUGCUUUGCAACAAGGUGAGAGUGUACUCACAGUUGCCCAAUCAUCCAUUCCCAGAAGACAUUACUGUGCUCCCCAUUAGAGAAGACAAGUGGGUAGCUGUCAGCUUGGAAUUCCCAAAUGAAAACAACAAAGAAUAGUUGAAAAAUUCAUUCACCCAUAAUCAUGAAAUAUAUUCCCAUCAACAAUUGAUGCCUAUGUAAUGUUUUUUUAUAUUACAACUUUAAGUUAAAAGUCUUCAUUUUUAUGUAAACAGAAACACUCUUUACAUAUAUAUAUAAAAGCAUAUAUUUAAGAGUGUAUAUAGUAUAGUUAUAACUCAUUUCAAAUGGUAAUGCAUGGGGUUUUUGGGAAUUGGCUUAAUUUUUGGUGAUAUUAACGACGACUGAGUUGUGUCGUCGGUAAAAGUGGUGAUAUAUCAUUUGCCCCCGAAACCCUAUUCAGCUAUUCUUCAUCAUUUGGUUCCUUCAUCUCUCUCACUCUCUAAAGUUUCUCUCUCACUCAUACAAGCGGCGCCGGUGAUCUCGUUUUCUCUUCAAGCUCUGAAAACGCUGCCCAACCCAGGAUCUCCUCUCCUCCGGCGGCCUCUCUCUCUCCUGCAGAUUCUGGCCACAAUCGUCAUCUCUAGCGACGUGCUCUCCACUUUUUUCAGAUCUAUGCUACGCACAUAAAAUGUCGAUCAACAAGACUUGGAUCAAGAAUCCAAAUAAAUUAUCUGAUGAGUAUGGAGCUGGAGUAGUGGCAUUUCUUGAGAGAGCUAAAAAUUUUGUGGAUGAAACAGGACUGGUUAAGUGUCCUUGUAACAAGUGUGUCAAUAUUCAAUUGCAGACAAUCAAUGUAAUAGAACAUCAUCUUUUCAAUAAUGGUUUUCUUCAGAGUUAUACUAAUUGGUAUUGGCAUGAAGAGGAGGAAAUAAUACCAACAAAUAAAGUGGUGCAACAAUGUCAGGAAGAUGAGAUAAUGGAUGGUCUUAAUGAUAUAGAACAACCAGAAAAAAAUAAAGAUGAUGAAAUUGUGUGUGAUUAUGAGAUGAAUACAAGUGAAGAAUGUGUGUGUGAUGAUGAUGAGAUAGCUACAAGAGAAGAAAUCGAGUGUAAUGAUGAUGAUGGUGAUGAUGAUGAGUUACCUACAACUGAAGAAAACCAGCAUGAUGAUGAGAUACCUACAGAUUUCAGAGAUGGACAGGAUUAUCGCGAUUUGUCUGCAGAGAUGGAAGCUCCAUUAUUUCCAGGGUGUGAGAAAUACACAUCUUUGAAUUUCUUAGUUAAGUUGAUGUACUUCAAGGGGAAAAUUCCUAACAAUAUUUUUGAUGAGUUAUUGGGGCUGUUACAAGAUGCAUUUCCAGCUCCAAAUAAUUUGCCAAAGUCACGUAAUGAGGCCAAGAUGUUGCUGAGUAAACUAGGACCUGUUGUUGGGAUUCCAGAGACAUGGAGUACAACUAAUCACAUGGACGACGAAGGUUGGGACAGCAAGGACGCCGAGGACAGCUAUGAAAGGUUGAAAAAUGUGCUUGAGAUGCAAUUACAGUCUCCUGCAAGUUCAUCAGCUGCGAGUGCUUCCAUCUCCAUGGAUGAAGAGGAAAACACCGCCCUUGGCUUGAGGGCGCAACAUGAUGAUGAACCUCCUCUUUAUGAGCAAGUUCAAGGUAUGAUGGCGAGCAUAAGAGCAAUGGAGGAGUAUAUGGCUGCGUUAGCUGGAGCCUCAUCGUUUCCACUUCCACCUCCACCUGAUCAGGAUCCUAAAGCUCCGAGCCAGUAGAAAGAACGAUCUUAUUCUUGUCUUUUAUUCUCUUACAAACAUGUUAUCUGAAUUGUGGUCUAAGCAUUGACAGUAUGGGACAUUUCUUUGACAGAUAAAUUUGUAUUGAGCUGCUAUUAGAAAGAAUGAAAGAUAUACUAAGAACUAGUAGUUGUUAAUCAAAGAAGGAAAUAAUAAUUCCUUAUGCUAAUCUGACAAAAUGGUUUCAAAACAUAGCUUGUAGUACCUCUUUUGAAGACAAAAUACUCUGUUUAUCCAACUUGCUUUGAAGAAUAUCAAAUUUAAACUAUAUUAAACUUUUGGGCUCUAAUCAAUUUAUUAUUCUGGUUACUUGAACACAGACUAUUUUUUAAGGGUUGUGAAGGUAAGUUGUUUAUCUUCUUUCCUCUUUCAUUUUUAAUGCUACUUUAUUAUUUUGUUUCCA